CAUGAAAUCUUGGCUUUUCUCUUCUUUUCUUCUCCCUCCAACCCUACCAUGCGACUCUAGUCCGGAGAGAGCAAGAAAAGUUGUUGACCUGCCACCCCUAAUCUAAACACACACAUCUCUCACUCUGUCGCCGCCAACGCCACCGCAACAAGCACUCACGAACCACUCGGCUUUCCCAAUAGGCGGCCAAGAUGAACGAUCUCUUCUCAAAUUCUUUCAAAAAUGCCCAGGGCAACGACCUCGAGGCGGGUGGCGAUGGCCGCAUCGAGGGCGUUAACCUCGAUACAUUCUUUGACGAUGUCGAGAAUGUCAAGAAAGACAUGGGCGAUGUCGAGAAGCUCUACAAGCGGCUGCAGGAAUCCAACGAGGAGAGCAAAACGGUCCACAAUGCCAAGACCAUGAAGGACUUGCGGGCCCGCAUGGAUGCUGACGUGGCACAGGUUUUGAAGCGGGUCAAACUCAUUAAAGGCAAGUUGGAGGCAUUGGAAAAGUCCAAUGCCACCAACAGGCGGGUCCCAGGCUGUGGCCCAGGGUCUUCAGCUGACAGGACGCGGACUUCAGUGGUCAGCGGACUAGGGAAAAAGCUGAAGACCAUGAUGGACGACUUCCAGGGCCUGCGGGCCCGCAUGAAUGAGGAGUACAAGGAGACUGUUGGGCGGCGGUACUUCACCGUCACCGGGCAAAAGGCCGAUGAAGAUCUUAUCGAGAACCUAAUCUCGAGCGGCGAGAGCGAGUCAUUCAUGCAAAAGGCGAUCCAAGAGCAAGGGCGCGGCCAAAUAAUGGACGCGAUUUCCGAGAUCCAGGAGCGGCACGAUGCUGUGAAGGAGAUCGAGAAAAAUCUCAUCGAGCUCCACCAGAUCUUCCUCGACAUGGCGGCGCUUGUGGAGGCACAAGGGCAGCAACUGAACGACAUCGAGAGCCACGUGGCGCACGCGAGCUCGUUUGUGCGGCGGGGGACGGAGCAGCUGCAGGACGCACGUGAGAUCCAAAAGGAGUCAAGAAAGUGGUAUUACUACGCCGUUUUGCUUGUUAUAAUCCUCAUUAUUUUUGUAACAUUCCCGCUAUGGUCUAAUCUUGUGAUGGCGAAAUUGAUAUAGAAAUUAAUUGUGAUUUUUGUGUGUAAUUUAAUUAAUCGUGUAAUAUAUAUUCAUAUAGGUUAUGGUUUUUC